CUCGGCCCCGGCCAGAGCUUCCAGACCGAGCAGACAUGACCUCGCGCAGGUGGUUUCACCCCCGCGUCAGCGGAGUUGAGGCGGAGAAGCUGCUCCUGUCCAGGGGCCAGCACGGGAGCUUCCUGGCAAGACCCAGCAAGAGCUGCCCAGGGGGCUUCACCCUGUCAGUCAGGCGCCACGAUGAGGUGACCCACAUCAAGGUUCAGAGCACCGGCGACUACUACGACCUGUAUGGAGGGGAGAAGUUUGCAACGCUGGCCGAGCUGGUGCAGCACUACACAGGCCAGAGUGGGGGGCUGCUCCGGGAGCGCGGCGGGGCCCCCGUCGAGCUCCGGCACCCACUGGCCUGCCAGGACCCCACGUCGGAACGGUGGUACCACGGGCACCUGUCUGGCAAGGAGGCCGAGAAGCUGCUGAUGGAGAAGGGACAUCCAGGCAGUUUCCUGGUUCGAGAGAGUCAGAGCAAACCUGGGGACUUUGUGCUAUCAGUACUCACACAGCAUCUGGACAAGGCGGACCACCAGCCACGGGUCACCCACAUCAUGAUCCACUUCCAGCCAGAUGGGAAGUACGACGUGGCAGGAGGGGAGCAGUUCGACACCCUGGGAGAUCUGCUGGAAUGCUACAAGAAGAACCCCAUGGUGGAGAGUUCGGGGGCCGUGGUUCACCUCAGGCAGCCCCUCAAGGCCACGAGAAUCAGCGCUGCAAACAUUGAGAGCCGUGUGCAGGAGCUCAGCAAGGCCACCGAUGCCAGCGGGAAGGCUAAGCAGGGCUUCUGGGAGGAGUUCGAGAUGCUACAGCAGCAGGAAUGCCGGCUCCUGUAUCCCCGGAAGGAGGGACAGCGGCUGGAGAACAAGCCCAAGAACCGAUACAAGAACAUCCUUCCCUUUGAUACCACCCGAGUCAUCCUGCGUGACGUGGAUGACAGUGUGCCUGGAGCUGACUACAUCAACGCCAACUACAUCAGGGUGGAUAGUGACCCAGAAGAGAAGCCAGGCCAUGGACUGGGCAAGGUGUACAUCGCCACUCAGGGCUGUCUGCAGACCACGGUGGCUGCCUUCUGGGCCAUGGUGUACCAGGAGAACACACGUGUCAUUGUCAUGACCACCAGGGAGGUGGAGCGAGGCCGGAACAAGUGUUUCCGAUACUGGCCAGAGCUGCAUGGCAGCCAAGACUAUGGCCGCCUGCACGUGUGCAAUGCAGCUGAGUACCAGGCCCAGGGUUACUGUGUGCGGGAGCUGCAGGUGUGGCGGCCAGACCAGGAGAGGUCGGCGCGCACAGUGAAGCACUAUCAGUACUUCAGCUGGCCGGACCACGGGGUCCCGGCCGAGCCCGCCGGCGUCCUCGGCUUCCUGGACGAGGUGAACCGGGCCCAGAGCAGCAUGCCGGGGGCCGGACCUAUGGUGGUGCACUGCAGCGCGGGCAUCGGACGCACUGGCACCAUCAUUGUGAUUGACAUCCUGGUGGACUUCAUUCGCAAGCAGGGUGAGCCGCCCCUGGCUGGCUGGCCCGCCCUGCCGACCCCGUCCACUUCAUCUCGCCCUCCCACCCCUCCCUACCGGCCCCGCCCCGCCCUGCCCUGAGCGCGCUCG